UCGUUAACGUUUGUUUUUAAAAGUAGAAUCUAGAAAGUUUGUAAAUUGUUAUUAAAUUUAGUCGAAAAAAUGAGACGAACUUAUAAGUCUAAAAAAGAAACCGGAGGCGCUUUAGAUCAUCGUGAUGUUUUACUUACGAUGGACUCAAAAAGCUCUUUAUUUGACGCUUUUUACAUCAAUAACAUUAAGCAAACUAAACGAGAAUUGUCCGUAGUUCCGUCUGUACAAUUUGCAGCUUCGAAUAGAGUUCGCAAGAGGAAGUAUGUGAAAAGGCUUAAAGAACAAGAGCCUGUGGUGCGAGAAUCAAGUUCCACGUCAGCAUUUCUCACGCCGGAUAAAUCUUUUCGAGUAAAUAAAGCACCGGACCCUUUCGAUCAAUUGUUGAACUCAAGCAAUCGAUCGCUUAUCGAAACGAAUAAAAGUAAUUCAAUUAAAAAACAGAAAAGUAAAACAUACUGCCAAAUGAAGUUAUUAAGAAAGAAAAAAAUUAAUUACUCUAGUGGAGAUAGUACAGAUUCAGACAAAGAAAACUCCGACAGUAGUAUAAAAAAUGAAACAACACAAAACAAUUCAGAUGUACUUAGUCACAAAUUAUUAAUAGAAAGAGAACAAGAGAAAAGUCCAAAACAGGAUGAAUCUAUAGCCGAUAUAGUUAAAAAUCUAUCCCUGUUUAAGGAAUCAAAAGAUAAAGUAUCGACAAGUCCACGAGGUGUAAAACAUAGAAUUACACAUUUAUCAGAGAUCUCAAAUUCACCUUUAUGUAGCACUCCAUUUUUUGAUAAAUAUAGAGGGAAGUCUAUUUAUAAAUUUUCACCUAUAUCAAUAAAUCUGAAUGAUAGCCCAAGUAGCUUAAUUGUACCUGAAGCUAAUAAUGAUGUAGAAAAUAGUAUUAUUGAAGUAAAAGAAAAAAAAUAUGAUUGUUAUAAUGAAAUUAAACAAGAAACUAUUAAUGAUCUUAAUGAAGUAUCUUGUGAAGUACAAUCUCCAAUAUUACCUUACAAAACUAGUAAUGAUAUUCCUAAAACAAAGACUGCCACAUCUGAUCAUUUACCAAAAGUAACUCUUCAAACAAGUGAAGUAGAACCAUUUUUAGGUUUCACUAAUACUAAAGUUCCUAGCACUAUCGAUUUAGACACCAUUGCAGAUAAAUGGAAUAAAUUAGAGAAAGAUAAUUUAAAAAUAAAUGUAUCUGUUGAAGUAAUAAAUGAUUGUGUAUCAAAUACUAAUGAAAAUAGUGUAGAAGAUAUUGAAGUAAUAGAAAAAGAAAAGCAAUCUAAUUCUAGCGUAGACGGUAGCCAUACAAAUUCUAUUCUUGAAAGUGAUGAUAAUGAAUCUUUUUAUGGAACAUGUAAUAGUGAAGACUUUGAAGAUGACAAACAACCCAUAGUUGUUAUUGAAAAACUGAAUGAUUCAAUAUACCAAAAAUACUGUGAUAAAAUGGCUGAUUACUUUAAUGAUUCAAAUAAAACACAUAGUGAGGUAUCUAAUGAUGCAUUUAGUGAUGAGUGUACUCGUGUUAAUGAUAGGUCAAGCAUAAGUGAUUCAUCUGAGCAUGGUAACAUAUCAAGUGAAUCUAUUAUAGGUGAUGAAAUUUGUGAAGAAAAUAUAUCUAAAAUUAGUAAAGAUGAUCAUUUACAAAAUCACAGUUUAGAUAGUGACAGUAAUUAUGAUGUUAAUAAAACGGAAGAGCAUGAUACCAUAUCAAACGAAUCUAUUAUAGGUGAUGAAAUUUGUGAAGAAAAUACAUCCAAAGUCAGUAAAGAUGAUCACUUACAAAAUCACAGUUUAGAUAGUGACAGUAAUUCAGAUGUUAAUAAAAUUGAAGAAUAUGAUAACAUAUCAAGAAAAUCAAUUAUAAGUGAUGAAAUUUGUGAAGAAAAUACAUCACAAAUCAGUAAAGAUGAUCACUUACAAAAUUAUAGUAUAGAUAGUGACAGUAAUUCAGAUGUCAAUAAAAGUGAAGAUGAGGUAUAUAUUAGUUUCGUAACAACAAGAAGACGGAAUGAAAUUAUAAAUGAUUCCUUUAUAUUAGGGUUAGAUAAUUCUAUAACUAGCGGCAGCAGUGCUGAAGUUGACAAGACUGUUCUUAAAAGAGAUAGUAUAAUUGAAGAUUUAGAAGGAAAUAGGGAUAAAACUCUAAUAAAAGAUAAGCCAGGAGAUUCUAAUACAGAUGCUAAGAAUAUUUCUAAUAAUAAUAUAGUUCAAGAAGGGCACAAUAUUGAAACUGUUUCUAAAUCUUCACCUAAUGAUUCUAAUAAGUCUAUAUCAAAAGAAAAACGUAUUAAUAGGACAUCUUUUAAGCCUAGAAGAGGAUCAAAACCGCCAAAUGCAAUUAACAUAUCCAAAAAUGUUGAAAUUGAUUCAAAUGUAACAAAUAAAGUUAUGACAAGGAAAAGUGUGAGGUUGCUUACAGACAAUAUUGGUCUAAGGUCCUCAAUGAAAUCGGAAACAUCUGCGUCUAGUUUACGCCGUAGUGCUCAAGGGUCAAAUAUGGCAUGUGACCUAAAACAAGGGAUAGUUCUUCAGCCGGGGAAAAGAUGGGAGAGAUCACUAAGCAUUUACCGUAGAAUGACGACUAUGUCCGAUCAUUUUGACUCAUCCAUCCUAGAUGAUGAACCAUUAAAUAAUAAGGGCAGAAAGUAUCGUCAAAGCGUUAUCAGUACUAUGGAAAUGCAGGAUUUUAAAGGUUCACUAUACAAUGAUUCAAUCAAUAGUCGUAGAAGCACAUUUGUGUCCAAACCUAGCAGGUCUACAAUUAGGAUUGUAAGAGAUUUAGACAUAUCCAGGUCUAGCUUAUGUUCUACCUCAGUUCUUGAAGAAUCACAAGAACGGGAUAAUAGCUUUGAUCUGCGCCUUUGUUCAUCAAAAGUGUCGAAAGCAGAGUGCAUGCAUCUUUCCCUGCAAUACACAGGAUUUUUGACCGAAGAUUGUGAUGAUACGAUUGUCGAGCUAUCAAAGCUAUCAAUUGCUGACUCGGAACACGAGGUUACGGUUUUAAAGAAGUUUCAUGAUACUUCGAGCCGUUUUCCAACCGCACGCGAUUACGUCCUGCGUCGCUGCAAUCAAACAGACAUCGUACUGUUUGAUGAAUGCUAUCCAGAUACAGUCCUGAAGAAUUGCCGCAAGAUUGGCGAGGGUGUAUAUGGGGAGGUGUUUCUUUGGCGAGCGGGAGAUGGGAAAGCUCGGGUUCUAAAGAUUAUACCCAUCGCUGGUAAUAUCAAGGUGAAUGGAGAAAAUCAGAAGGACUACAAUGAAAUUAUAUCUGAGAUUGUGAUUGCUAUGGAAUUGAGUGCACUACGCGCUCCAAUAGACGAGAUCGAACAACAUUUUAAUGAGGGGAAGAGCAUUGAAACAUUGGAUUUACAUUCUGUAGAGAAUGCUACAGAUGUGUUUAACGAGGUUCUAGCAGUCCGCUGUGUAUAUGGUACAUAUCCAUCUCGCCUCCUUGAUCUCUGGGACCUGUAUGACGAAUGUAAGGGCUCAGAGAACGACAACCCAGCUAUAUUACCGAUCGAUCAACAGUACAUCGUACUGGAGUUGGCCAACGCAGGGCAGGAUUUAGAGAGCUACCAGUUUAACAACGCUGAACAGGCUUAUGCGUUAUUUAAACAGGUGGCAUUUGGCCUAGCGGUCGCUGAAGAGGCUUACCAAUUUGAACAUCGUGAUCUUCACUGGGGAAACGUACUUAUAUCACCUACAGAUCAAAAGUACGCGACAUUCGUGAUCCGCGGUCGCGUGUACCGCGUGGCCAGACGCGGGGUGGCUGCGUCUCUAAUCGACUACUCGCUAUCCCGGGCGUCCCUUAGACUCCCCAGUGGCACGGCAGAGCUGUACAACGAUUUGUCCACCGACGAUUCUCUGUUUGAUGCCGUGGGCGACUACCAGUUUGAGGUUUACCGCCUGAUGAGGGAUAAGCUUGGUAACGAUUGGAAGAACUUUGAACCAUACACAAACAUUCUCUGGUUGCAUUACACUGUUGAUAAAAUGAUAACGUCCCUUCGUUACUCAAGAACAAAUACUAAGAUUCACAAGCACUAUAUAGCAAAGCUGAAAGAAAUAAAAAAUCGUGUAUUGGACUACGGCAGUGCUGUCCAGUACGUUCUAACUGACAACGAUCUGUAAAACGAAUUAGAUGAACAAAAUUAACCUCAAUUGUAAUUUAAAUGUAUUUAUCAAGUUUUAUCAUUCAAAAUGGGUGACAUUACACUAAGCACUAUUUGCAAUUGUUAUAAAAGUAAUACAGACACGAUCAUUAUAAAUGUAUAUAGAAAUGUUUGCUUCGGUAAAUUUUUUGUAGUAGUUUACAUUAAAGGAAUUAUAUAUGACAUUGUUAUCACAUUAAUACAGUUUCAGCAGAGUGGGGCCUUCUUAGAUAAGGUAGUGCCUUUGAUCACAAAUAAAUUCAUAUUCUAUCAGCUAA